GCGCCACAGGCCAUCAGAGCGCCAGUCCAGAGCACAGCAGUUGUCAGUGAACAACAGCCCGGAGGGGACAAGGGGAGACCUGUGGUAAAUAAAGCAAGAACACCCAGCACCUUGGAUCUCUGCUUAUUCAAUCACUGGGACGUGACUAGCUCCUCUGAGCGCGUCUUCAAGCUAAACCUUUGGUCAAGUUCACCGGUAAAUCCAGAGAAGGACGAUUUCACCGUGUGACUCGAAAGAACUCCAAAACGAAGAGAGGACUCUAGAAAAAAAGAAAGGGGAGCAGGAUCAGACAUGGUGGGCCACCAGGAAAGCACCACGAAAGGGGACGCCGGGGACAGUGGCGCUCCCACAUUCUGGCGCAAGACCCUGACUGCACCUGCCCCAUUUGCUGACGAAACCAGCUGCCAGUGCCAAGCACCCCAUGAGAAACUGACCAUUGCUCAGGCCCGCUUAGGAACACCAGUUGACAGGCCUGUCAGAGUCUAUGCGGAUGGGAUAUUUGACCUCUUCCAUUCCGGCCAUGCAAGGGCACUUAUGCAAGCAAAAACACUGUUUCCCAACAGCUACUUGUUGGUUGGAGUCUGCAGUGAUGACCUCACCCACAAAUUCAAAGGCUUCACUGUGAUGAACGAAGCAGAGAGAUACGAAGCUCUCAGACACUGUCGCUAUGUGGAUGAAGUCAUUAGAGAUGCUCCAUGGACACUCACUCCAGAAUUUCUGGAAAAACACAAGAUUGACUUUGUGGCCCAUGAUGAUAUACCCUACUCUUCUGCUGGUUCUGAUGAUGUUUACAAGCAUAUAAAGGAAGCAGGAAUGUUUGUUCCAACUCAGAGAACGGAAGGCAUCUCAACGUCAGACAUCAUCACCAGAAUCGUCCGCGACUACGAUGUUUAUGCCAGACGCAACCUGCAGCGAGGGUACACAGCCAAGGAGCUCAAUGUCAGCUUCAUAAAUGAGAAGAAGUACCGCUUCCAAAACCAAGUAGACAAGAUGAAGGAAAAGGUCAAGAAUGUAGAGGAAAGAUCAAAGGAAUUUGUCAACAGAGUGGAAGAAAAGAGUCAUGAUCUAAUUCAGAAGUGGGAAGAGAAGUCAAGGGAAUUCAUUGGCAACUUCCUAGAGCUGUUUGGGCCUGACGGCGCAUGGAAGCAGAUGUUCCAGGAGAGGAGUAGCCGGAUGCUGCAGGCCUUGUCCCCGAAGCAGAGCCCUGUGAGCAGCCCCACCAGGAGCCGGUCCCCCUCCCGCUCCCCGUCGCCCACCUUCUCGUGGCUCCCAAACAAAACAUCACCCCCCUCCUCACCCAAAGCAGCCUCAGCCUCCAUCAGCAGCAUGAGCGAGGGGGAUGAGGAUGAGAAGUAAAGGCUUCCGGCAGACAGCAAGGGCCGCACCGCACAGGCUGGGGCGAGGUGGGGUCACCGGGUGUGCCUGGGUGGGGUUGGAAGGGUGACGGUUGCAGGAGCUGCAGCUCAGCUAAGCAAAGGCCUGGGGACCAGCUUUCCCUCAGUCUCCACUCAGCAUAAGACUUGGGCUCUGCAUGGAGGUUUCAAGCCGGACGACCUUUACAAACCUUCUUAGCAGCAUCUAGAAUCACUACUUCAACCUUGCUAAAGAAAGAUGCCGAGCACCCCCAGGAGACUUGCACUGAGUCGGGUGUCUUCUGCUUUGGUCCUUACAUCCACCCCUAACAAGUCCACCACCCAUGGAAGCGGCUGUUCCCUCAAUCUGCUACUUCCAGCUCAUAAGGGCCCUGCACGUUGCCUCCUACCACCCAAGCUCUGCCAGAAUAAAGUUGUUUCCGAUAGAGGUGGCAAAGU